UCUUCUCUCUGUCCGUCUUUUGUCUUUUGUCUAAUCAUUUAGCUCCUCCUCCACUCACCUUUCACAUUCCAUGAACAAAUUAACAAAUCCCCAUUAAUUAAUGACCCUCCCUUCCUUCAUACUUCGUAUUCAUCCUCCUCCCAUCUCUUUCGGAGAAGAAAUCAAUAACCAAAGGUUUCUUUAACCCCCACCCCACCACCCCCCCGUUUUCUUUUUCUUCCACUUCACAGUUUGGAGGAUUAAUAGCUAAUUAAUUCUUGCUGCUUUUAUGACCCUUUGUGGGAUUUAUUCAGUAUCUCAACGAGUUUACAUAUUCUUCUUGAGUUCUUGUACAUCCUAAAGAUUCCGAAGCUGUUGGCGAUUCCUGGGAGAAAAAGCUUGAGCUUUUAUUUAGUGUUGGAGCUUCGUUCUAAUCGAUAACAGACCGGAACUUUUUUCUGCUCAGUGGUUUUGUCUGCUACUGUAAGCACAACUGUAGGCUGUAGCUCAGCCAGGAAUGGACGGACACCCAUGACAAUAAUGGAGAUCCUCAGUGGAUAUGUGUCUCCCUGUGAAUAGACUCCUAUGCCCCUACAAUCUUCCCAAAUGGCCAGACCGUCCGAUUCAUCUUCCCACCUAACUCUAAUCAUUUUCUUGAUUUUCCUCCCCGGUUUUCAAUUGUCGAUCGGCCUGAAGCCGGAGACGACGGCUUUGCUGGAAUUCAAGAAACAGCUCAUCGAUCCAUUGAACUACUUGGAAUCAUGGAGAGAUUCCGAAUCUCCGUGCGGAUUCUACGGAGUCACUUGCGAUCCUGGGUCGGGUUUGGUGACUGAAAUUUCACUGGACGGUAAAUCCCUGUCGGGAGGGAUAUCGUCGUCACUUUCCCAGCUGCAUAAUCUCACUUCUUUGGUGAUGCCUUCAAACAAUCUGUCAGGGAUUCUUCCAAGUGAUUUGAGAAAAUGCACAAACCUCAAAGUACUCAAUUUUUCCGAUAACUAUUUGAAUGGCAGCAUUCCUGACAUGUCCAACCUCUCAAACCUGGAGGUUCUCGACUUAUCCGAUAACAACCUUUCUGGAGAAUUCCCGGGCUGGGUAGGAAAUCUGACUCGCCUGGUUUAUUUAGGUCUGGGUGAUAACAAUUUCGACAAGGGUGGAAUCCCUGAAUCCCUUGCUAAUUUGAAGAACUUGUACUGGCUUUACUUGGCUAAUUCAAACUUGAAGGGUGAGAUCCCUGAAUCAAUCUCGGAAUUGAAGGAAUUGGGAACACUGGACAUGUGCUUGAAUAAACUAUCAGGGGAUUUCCCCAAGUGGAUCAUCAAGUUGAAGAAGUUGUUCAAGAUUGAGCUUUAUGGCAACAAUUUGGCAGGUGAAAUCCCACCGGGACUCGCAGAUUUGACCCUUCUUCAGGAGUUUGAUAUAUCAGGAAACCAAAUGCACGGAACAAUCCCCAACGGGAUUGGCGAUUUGAAGCAACUGACUGUAUUUCAAUUAUACAAAAACAACUUCUCUGGAGAAAUUCCAGCUGGUUUUGGCAGCAUGGAGCAUCUCAUUGCCCUUUCUGUGUACGGAAACAGGUUUACAGGAGAGAUUCCACAGAAUCUCGGCCGCUUCUCCCCGCUGAGCAGCAUCGACAUUUCAGAAAACAAAUUCUCCGGACCAUUUCCCAAGUACUUGUGCCAGAAUAGGAAUCUGAUUAAUUUGCUUGCUUUGGAUAAUAAUUUUUCAGGCGGUUUUCCAGAGACUUACGCCGAAUGCCGUUCUCUCCAAAGAUUGAGGGUUAGCAAGAAUCACCUUAAUGGAGUGAUUCCUGAUGGAGUUUGGGCACUUCCUGAUGUGCAGGUGAUGGAUUUCAGUGAUAAUGAAUUCACUGGAGGGGUAUCACCGGGGCUUGGGGAAUCCCUGCGCCUGAAUGAGCUAACGUUGUCCAACAACAAGUUUUCAGGAGAGCUGCCUAAAGAGAUUGGCAAACUUGCACAGAUGCAAAAAAUUUACUUGGACAAUAAUAGUUUCUCCGGGAGAAUCCCAUCAGAGAUUGGGGCUUUGAAGCAGAUAACAUCUCUGCAUUUGGAAGGAAAUGCUUUUGUUGGAUCGAUACCUUCGGAAUUGGCAGACUGCAAGAAUCUGGUGGAUUUGAAUCUUGCUUCGAAUUCUCUCAGUGGUGGUAUUCCUGCUCGUUUCUCUGAAAUGACCUCGCUGAACUCAUUGAAUCUUUCAAGAAACCAUCUCACGGGAUCAAUUCCAGGAAACUACGACAAGCUGAGGCUGUCUUUGGUUGAUCUGUCGAAUAACUUCCUGUCAGGGAGAGUGCCACCAUAUUUUCUCAGAGUGGCUGGCCAUGAGGCAUUGGUUGGAAACAACGGUCUCUGCAUCGACGACAAUGGCAGCAGAAGACAGCUCAUAAACUCAGGAUUGAGAAUCUGUGAUGCCAAGAGUGAUGGCAAGAGUUUCAUGAAAGGGAAAGUAGCUCUGUUCUCUGUUAUAAUGGUGGCUCUGGUGGUCGUUUUAGGCGGUUUAUUGUUCGUUAGUUACAGGAGCUUCAAGCAAACUCAUGAAGUAACACAGAAUCCGGGAGGUGGAAAGGGCUUAGAUGCAAACUGGAAGCUCGAGAGCUUCCAGAAGGUGGAGUUUGAUGCUGAGGAAAUAUGUGAUCUACCGGAGGAUAAUUUGAUCGGUAGUGGAAGCACCGGGAAAGUUUAUCGCCUGGAUUUGAAGAAAGGAUGUGGAACAGUCGCGGUGAAGCAGCUGUGGAAGGGAAACACGGUGAAGCUCAUGGCAGCAGAAAUGGACAUCCUGGGAAAAAUCAGGCACAGGAACAUAGUAAAGCUGUAUGCCUGUCUGAUCAAAGAAGGUUCAAACUUUCUGAUACUUGAAUACAUGGCGAAUGGCAAUCUUUACCAGGCGCUGCAUCGAGAAAUUAAAGUUGGAAAGCCAGAGCUGGAUUGGUACCAAAGGCAUAAAAUUGCGCUUGGGGCAGCAAAAGGGAUCGCAUAUUUACACCACGACUGCAGCCCGCCAAUUAUCCACAGAGACAUCAAGUCGACCAACAUAUUGCUUGAUGAGGAUUACGAAGCAAAGAUUGCUGAUUUUGGCGUGGCAAGAGUAGCUGAUCUGGUCUCUCCUGGAGGAUCAGAUAUGAGCUCUUUUUCAUUCGCUGGCACUCAUGGCUACAUUGCACCUGAAAUGGCCUACUCCCUCAAGCUUACUGAGAAAAGCGACGUGUACAGCUUUGGUGUGGUGCUGCUGGAACUGGUGACAGGAAGGAGGCCGAUAGAGGACGGGUAUGGGGAAGGGAAGGACAUCGUGUACUGGGUUUCGACUCAUCUGAACAGCAGGGAAAGCGUGGCGAAAGUCCUCGAUCCCAAAGUAGUUCCGGAGCUAGUGGAGGAGAGCAUGAUAAAGGUGUUGCGGAUUGCUACACUCUGUACUACUAAGCUUCCAAAUUUGAGGCCGAGCAUGAAAGAAGUGGUGAAAAUGCUGACUGAUGCAGAGGCUGAGACUGAGCACUGCUGCAAUAAUUCCAAGGAAGAUGGAAAGCCCCCAUCACCCUCAGCUAUGUUAAUCAAUUCUUCACUUCACGACGUGUAAUUUGAUCAGUUAUUAAUCAUGCAAGUCAAGACAACAAUUGAAAGAUGUAUGUAUGUAUGUAUGUAAUGUCACUCAGUUAAGUUCAGGGGAAUCUAUCUUGUAUUGGUAA